UUUCACUAGCAAAGCUGAAUACAUAAAUACAGCAAAAGUCGUUGCGCAGCAGACAGCACAACUGUAGAGCACUGAAGUGAAGACAAUCGUGUUCAGCCAUGCCGAAUCAUUUCAACCUGGAGGAUUGUGAAAGAUUCCUCCACGACGAAAACCAGUUUAGUCCAGGAGCGUCGAAACGCAUCGAAAAAUACCUUCAAAUUUCUCGAGAAGGCCUGGACGAGUUUUUGAUUCGAUUCCCAGAGAUGAUUCGAAACGAAGAUCAAUUGUUCUAUAUCGUGCGAUUUAUUAGGGCCCAUCACAAGUUCGACACGCAAGAUCACGAAAGAAUUUUCAACAGUAACCUGUUUACAACUAUGGAGAGAAAAGUGACGGAGCUACUCGCUGUUGUGGAGCAAAAAGACCCCCACACGUAUUGGUAUUUGAUACAUGCCCUGCAGUCAAAACAUUCCCCUUUGUAUGAGCAUCUCCACGGAUCUAUAAAAUGUUGUGUGUGUAAAGAUAUAAAACAUAGAGAGAAAGAGGAGGAGUUACAUUUUUCAGAUUUGGAAAAUGAAGGGAAAGUAGUAGUCCCCUUACUUAAAGCUUUGUGUGAAGCAAUUGAGGACAAAGUCUCCACUGGAAGAUCGUUCAUCGAAAAGAUGAGAACUGCGAGGCAAAGAAAGAAAGGUAAAGCUUUAGUAACAAACCGACCUACCUAUCCUGUAGAUGAUGUUGUUGAGCCUGAGGAUGAGGACUACAUUGAUGCCGCGGAAGGUUAGUGGUUGUGUUAUAUUCAUGUUACAAAUGAAAAGCCUUGUUUUCCUCUAUUUUU